GUUGUUUUGAAUCGUCUUGUGUAAUUUAAUUGAAUUUUAAAAUCAUUUUUACGUGAGCCUUCGAACAAUUAGCGAUUAUGAGCUAUUUAAUGGAAAGUGAAGCUCCAAGGGACUUCCGAAUAUCAUCAACUGAGAGCGACGGUCACUAUACCAAGUGUUUACUUUGCUACACGGUCAAGAAGAAUUUUUAUUGUUCAGAAUGUGUCCAAAACGGGAGUUUUGUUCAUUCAGCAAUGCCUUAUUCGGACAGAUACUCAGAAAAACAAGCCAAAUUACUGAGACUUAGACGUAAUAGACAACACAUUUUAGACAGGUGUAACAAGCUCCUAUCCCCAAAACUGCAGAGAGACAUUUUAAUAACAGAGACCAAACAUGCAAAAGAAAAAUUAGAACUACUGAAGCUGGCGGUGCAGCAGAGACGAACAAAAAUAGACGAAUUGAAAAAAGAUUUGAUGGAAGUGAAAGCACAUAACAAUGAGUUGAGCCAGAAGCUGCCGAGGUAUCAGAAGCGAGUGUCGAGCGUGGACCGACUGGCCGAGGGUCAGAGAGAGAAACUGCGGAAUCAGAUUGAGGUCUACAAUGAGCACGCUGAGUCCCUGGCUGCACUGCGGAGAUCACGAAUAAGACAGCUCAUAAGAUACAUCUUCCCAGUGUAUAUGAGCUAUGACACCAGUGACAGUAUUGAGGAUAUGGAGUUUAUUGGGGAGGAGGAGGAGGGCCCCCCGCAGAGGCCGCAGCUGCACAUCGUGGCACCCUGGGUAGAUGUUGACUGUGAUGCCUCACAAUUUCAAGCCUGCAUGGCGGGAAACCGGGAGUCCGGUGCGGGGGGCAGCGGGGGCGGGGAGAGCGCUCUGCCGGUGCCGGCGGCGGGGCGCGCGCGCGCGGCACUCGGGCUCGCCGCGCAGCUCGUCGCGCUGCUCGCCGCGACGCUCGACGUGCGUCUGCCGCACGCCAUCAACCUCAGCGACUACUGCGAGGGACGUUGCGCAGGCGGGUGGAGCGGGUGCGUGGGGCGCGUGCGGGCGGGGUGCGCGGCGCUGUGCGGGCACGCCGCGCUGCCGCCCGCCGCGCCGCUCGCCGGCUUGCACGAGCUGGCACUGGCGGCGGCGGCCGACCUGCCGGCGCUGGGCCGCGCGCCGCCGCCCCCGCCCGACGAGCGCUGGGCGGCGGCGGCGGCGUGGGCGGGCGGCGAGGACGAGCCCGAGCCGCCCGAGCACCUCAGCUGGCCGGAGGCGGAGCCCGCGGCCCCCGACCAGCCCCCGUCGCUCUCCCUCGUCACCUCGCUCGCCUCCAUGUGGCGCGGCUGGACCAAGUAG